GCAACAAACCGGUUGAACAGCUGGAAACAUCCGGACUGCAGAUCAAUUAGCAAUCAAUAAUUUGAUCCUUCAACUGUGGUCAGGCUGUUUGCAGUCUGUGCGCAGGUACUGGUGUUUUGUUUUCACAUCCCACACACCUUGACUUAAAUUUGACUGAAGCUUUAUUUUAAGGUACUUGCACUUUCUGCAUUCCACAACUCCAGUGCCAAAAAAGUUGGGACACUGUGUAAAGCUUAAACAAAAAAAGAAUGCAAUAAUAAAUAUAAAAAAUUAUUAUAAAAAAAAUAUAUACACUGUACAAGGACGCAGUGUUGUUUGUACUGCCCCUCUGUGACUGUUCGGGAGUUCAUCAGAGCGAAAGCCUGGGGGAAGAAAGUGUCUUUGUGACGGGUGGUUUUGGUGGACAGUGCUCUGUAGCGUCUACUGGAGGGGGGGAGUUUAAACAGAUUGGGUCAGGGGUGUGAGGGGUCUAGACAGUUUCCUGUCCCUUGACCUGUACAGGUCCUCGAUGGAGGAAAGAUCAGUACCAAUAAUCAGAUCCAAACCAGACGGUGAUGGAUGUGCAGAGAACAGACUGGAUUAUGGCUGUGUAGAACAUGAUCAGCAGUUCCUGAGGCAGGUUGAGCUUCCUGAGCUGUCGCAGGAAGUACAGCCCCUGCUGGGCCUUUUUCCGGACAGUGUCUAUGUGGGAGGUCUACUUCAAGUCCUGAGAGAUUGUGGUACCGAGAAACCUGAAGGUGUCCACAGUAGACACUGUGCUGUUGAGGACGGUGAGGCGGGGCAGCGUUGGGGGGCUUCUCCUGAGGUCCACUGUCAUCUCCACAGUCUUGAGCGGGUUCAGCUCCAGGUGGUUCUGACCACACCAGAGGACCAGCUGCUCCCCCUCCUGUCUGUAUGCAGACUCAUCACAGUCCCGGGUUAGACCGAUGACCGUGGUGUUGUCCCCAAAUUUUCACAGAAGGGUCCCCUGAGGUGCAGUCGUUGUUAUACAGGGAGAAAAGCAGUGGGGAGAGGACACACCCCUGGGGGGCGCCAAUGCUGAUGGACCGGGAGGUGGAUGUGAUGUUCCCCAGCCUCACUCGCUGCCUCCUGUCAGUCAAGAAGCUGGUAAUCCACUGACAGGUGGAGGCAGGCACCGUGAGCUGGAUGAGCUUCUUGUGGAGUAUUUCAAGGAUGAUGGUGUUGAAAGCCAAGCUGAAGUCCACAAACAGGAUCCUUGCGCAAGUCCCUGGGGAGUCGAGGUGGUGCAAAAAAAGAUAUCCACUUAUUCUGAAUUUGAUGCCUGCAACACGUUUCAAAAAAGUUGGGACAAGGCCAGCAAAAGACUGAGGAAGUUGCUGAAUGCUCACAAAAAGCCUGUUUUGAACAAUUCACAGGUAAACAGGUUAAUUAGUAACAGGUGAUAAUAUCAUGACUGAGUAUGAAAGCAGCUGGAAAGCAGCCACUUACGAUUGUUGUGAAAAGAAAAGGUGAUGUCACACGGUGGUAAACCCCUGUCCCAACCUUUUUGGAAAGUGUUGCAGGCAUCAAAUUCAGAAUAAGUGUAUACCCACAAAAAAAAAUCCACUAUAUCUUAAUAAAAAAGGUUUCUUUGUGUAAAAUAUAACAUGAAUAUUAAAUAUCAUUUCAUAUCUAGGUCAAUAAGGAUUUGCAAAUCAUUGCAUACUGUUUUUAUUUCCACCUUUUUUGGAAUAGGGCUCACACUUUGAGGCCAGGGAAUUUUAACAAAAUAAAGAAGAAAUCAGUUUGUGUUGAAGCUGAAAACCUUCAUGAAGGAUACGCUGCAGGACUGUCGUUAGACUGUGUUAGAUUAAGUGUAUAAUAAGACUUUAACUCAUGAUACUUUAAGGAAAUUUGUCUGAGAGUAUUUAUGUACAACUGUAUUUAUGUAAGCAACUACAUCUUUUACUUGUAGUGGAGUAUUUUCACAUAGUGGUCGUCAUACUUUUACUGACAUGAAGAAUUAUUACAAUUAUUAUAAGAAUACAGUGUAGCAACAGGUAAACAUGUGCAUCAGUCACACUUGACGUCCACUCUGCACAGUUACACUGAAUCUGAAAUAUAACGUUAAACAAACUGUAGGACAGAUCACUGCUCUCUCUGAUUGGCUGCUUUACACCUGGACGCAACCUAAGCUCCUCAGUGGUUUGAGUGGUUAAACAGCAGCAGGAUGAUGGUGAUUACACACCUACACACCUGCACACCUGUCAUUACCUGCAUCACACACACACACACACACACACACACACACAGGAUAUUGGAUGUUGAGGUAGUGUUGACAUUAAAGUCAGGUAAUAACUUAGUGUGUGUAUGUGUGUUUGUGUGUGUGUGUGUGUGUGUGUGUGUCCUCUCAUCAUCAUCUCAGCAGGUGACUGACAGGUGCACCACAGCAACGCUGCCUCUGGAGACACACACGCAGACAGCAGGACACUCCUCGUGCAGUUUGUCCCACUUCAGCCUCAGAGCUGAUCAGACUCUGAUGGUCUCAGAUCAGAUUUAAACCACGUCUUCAAAGAUCAAACUGAUCCCUGAUAUUGAUCACAGACUGGUUUUGGUUAAUUUGACCUUUGCACUGUUUCAUUUGAGGAGGAAAAAGACUGAACUCUUUUUUUCUUUGGCACGUAGUCGCAGUUUGUGGACAUCAGUUCGUGUUUCCACCUCGUUAAGAUGAACAGUAUGACUGAUCAGUGUCGCUCAGCGCUCCGAACUCCACCCUGAUCGUUCCAGGCUCAUUGGAAAGUUUCAACGCGCAGAGCAGGUGGACUCAGAGUCCUCCAGUGGAAACAAGCUGAUGGAUUUAUAAUAACAUUUUACAUCACACACACUCACUCAGUGUGUUCGGGAUCAGUCAGCUCACCACUGUGACUCAUCUAACUUAAACCGAGCGGAUCAUCUCUGGAGCCUGAGGUCCAACCAACCUGCUCUGUUUAUAUCAGAGUCGUCUGGUGUCUCAGGUCAGGACAACAACAUGGAGGACGUGUGAUGGCUCCACAGAGCCAGAAAAUUUGGAAGCGGGACAGAGUCAAGGUGAAGCUGAGGUGGAAGCUGCAGUAAAGACAGUAAAACAGGGCUGUGCACGACGAGUCGAAUCGGAUUCAUCUGUGAGAUACAAUUAUUGGACUAUUCGUUCUUUUCUUCUGUGCAGAGUUUGAGAUUCUGAACGGGGUUACGCUGGAUGCUUAAUGUGACAGUGAUACUCACAUAAUAUAGUAAACAAGUUAACUGUGCUAACAACUCAUUGGAAAUGUGCUACAACAUUUUUUUUGCUGACACAAGAGAUCAAACAAAAGCCAGAGACUGUCGUAUUAAGUUGCUAUGAGCUGUAAAUUCACCACCGCUAAGCAGAGGGCAGAAGGUAACACUAUCUCGGAGACUUACGUUGCAAAGCGUCUCUGGGUCUGCAGCUGCCUGUACCAAAGAGCAGUGUGAAAACAAGGAGUGCUCACUCUGCAACUAAAUCUGUGGAGAGAAACGCCCCGAGAACGUGGCACACUGACUCACGAAACAACAAAAAAACGUGACUUCAACUGAUAACUCGAAUCUCUGACUUUGAGGGAGCAGCCCUGCAGUAGAAGCUGCAGUAAAGAGGGUUUGUGUUGCUGUUUUACUUUAAUGGAUGUCAGAUGGCAACAUGACACACACUAAAAGGUCCUGGGUUGUGUUAAGGUUCAGUCGGUUCACCACAGUGACUCAUCAGUAUAACUCUGUGUGACUUUGUGGUACAGUCUGUUUAUAUUAGAGACUUCUGUCCAGGUCUGAACCUCAGACUGAACAACACCACGGAGGAGGUUUGGAGUCGUCAGUGUCUGGUUACUGAGGACAAUUAACCGAUAAGUUAAUCUUUUUUUUGGGGGAGCAAACACGCAAAUUGAAGACAUUAACUUAGGGCUCUAGAAAAUGUGACAGGCAUUUUUUUUUACUGUUUUCUGGCAUUUUGAAAUGGUAAGUCAAAGAAAAGUGGACUAUUCUGGGAUAUACUGUGACCUGAGAAUCUUCACAAACUAUUUACUGACGAUUAAUCGAUUCAGUGCAUGAUCAGCUGAUUCAUCAAUGAUGGAAGCUGUUGCUAAUUGAAAAGAUUAAGUUUGAACUUUGACAUCAUCCUGGAGGAGGCUGCGGUGAGACAACCUGCCAAUCAAACCACUUUUUUCUGGACUUUUAAUCUGAAAAUCUGCGUUCAGACUGAGAUGAGGAUGAAGUCAAUGUGCUGAGAGCAGAACUCCGAGACUUUGAUCAGAGCAGCAUCUCCCCCACGUUCCUGCAGGUCCUCAUGUAAAAGUGUCCAUCUGAGGAUGGCGGAUGCUCUGAGGACGCUGUACGGCACUCUGAUGGUUCUGUCGGGCGUGGCCUCUGUCUGUGGGAACCUCCUCCUCUUGCUGGUACUCCUCCUCAACAAGGAGCUCCGCACCGACACGCUUGGCCUCACCUUGAGCUUCAGCAUCAGCGACUUGGCACUCGGACUCUCCACCAUUCCCUUUGGGGCCUAUAACAGCCUGGUCCAGCCCUCCUGCUGCCCCAGUGAGGGCGCCUUCUGUCAGGGCAGCGGCUUCAUCUUCGUCCUCCUGCAGACCUCCUCCAUCCACUCGCUAACCUGGGCCACUGUCGACAAGUUCACCGAAAUCUGCUUCGCCCUCAGCUACGGCACCAUCUGGACAGCCAGGCGGAGCAGGGUGGUGCUGGUCUUGAUCUGGUUGUUCUGCCUGGUGAACGCGGCCCUGCCACUGCUGGGCUUCGGCAGCUACAUCUACAGCGAGUCGCGUUUCCUCUGCUGCCCGAGCUUCACCCCUGAAAACAAAUGCUUUGUGGUGCUGUGGAUGUUGGUGGGCAUCGUGGUGCCAAUCCUCACCAUGUGCUCUCUGUAUGGGUACAUCGUGUACGUGGCCAGGAAACAGGCCAGGAGGGGAACAUUCAUGUGCAACGACCUCCAUUGCUACUACGUCCCUGCCAACAAUUACCUGAGAAGCUCCAUCGUGAUGGUCACAACAUCAGUGUGUUUGCUGGUGUGCUGGCUGCCCUUCAUCUCAGUGUGUUUGUACGAGACAUUCAGUGGUCAGCAGAGUCCAGCUGUGACCUCUGCCCUCUCCGCAUGGCUGGUCCUGACCAGCGCUGCCCUCAACCCCUGGAUCACCUGUAUGACGCAGAUUAGGUACAGGGCAGCGGUGCGUCGGAGCGUCGGCAGGUUUAUUCAAAUGUGUCUAUGUCCUGGGAUGCCUCUGGUGUCCCGCCCCCAGAGCUUCACCCUCCACCUGGACACAACCAAUCGCAUCAGCACGACCACGACGACUACGGCAGCAACACACCCACCGUCAUCACCGAAAACACCAACACCACCAUGAUGACCACGUAUACACACCAGCUGUACCUGCAGAGACAAACUGUCACACUGCACCGUGGGAAAUGGAGAUCAGCCCUCCUCCUUCUUCCUCCAUCAC